AUGGAAGUCGCCACUCGCAUCACCACCACUCGCUCUUACACUCUGCCACCCAUCGCCGAUACCCCCCGGCCUUACUUCCCGCCAUAUCAACGCCCAUGCUCCCCCGCCAUCCAGUGCUUCAUGUUCCUGGUGGUUGCCGUCUUCGUCAUCGCGGGCUUCAUCUUCUUCUUCCUACUGCUCCAACAACCUCACCCUCCAAAGUUCCGAAUCAACGCUGUCAAUGUCUCUCCCUUUGUCGUCUCUAACUCGGAGAUAACAGCUGGAUGGUACACAAGCUUCUAUAUCACAAACCCUAAUGAGAGAUCAAGCAUUACUUAUAGAGAUAUCAAGGUAUUUGUUUACUACAAGGGCACACUUUUGUCCUCAGCCAACUUUUCUACCACUAUUUAUCAUCCAAAGAGGUACCAAGGAUCGGUGGUGCUGGAGAUUCCCGCGUUAUCUUUGUGCGUUCAAAACGAUGUGGCGGACGCCAUUGUUAGAGAUUUGGCAAGUGAGGUUGUUGCCUUCAGCUUUAAAGUGCGUGCUAGGGUUACUUUCAGACAUGGGAUGCCAAUAACAAUGAAGCGUUGGCUAGUGGCUACUUGUGAGAAUGUGAUGGUUAGGUUUUUCCCAAGUACCACUAAUAAUGCAAUGAUGAACGGCUCGGGGAGGUGCACUGUUCAUCUGUAA